GUCAAACUUAGCUCUACACGUGUCACCGGCACGUGCCAUAAAAGCUUUCCCCACCAUCACCGUACUCGAUUUCUUCAUCACCGUUGCUCCCCCCUUUCACCUUCCUCGCCACUUCUCAUUUCAACGCCUUUCCCGAACUGGCUCUCCUGGCUCAGUCACUAUGAACUCAGCUAUCUCCGAGCGAGUCGAACUCGCCAAACUCUGUAGCUCCCGUGACUGGUCCAAGGCAAUCCGAGUCCUAGACUCGCUUCUCACUCAGUCUUGCGCAAUCCAAGACAUCUGCAAUCGAGCGUUUUGUUACAGUCAAUUGGAGCUUCAUAAGCACGUGAUUAAAGACUGUGAUAAGGCGCUUGAGCUUGAUCCUACGCUUCUUCAAGCUUAUAUUCUUAAAGGCUGUGCAUUUUCUGCGCUGGGAAGGAAAGAGGAUGCUAUUGCUGUGUGGGAGCACGGGUAUGAUCAUGCUUUGAGGCAGUCUGCUGAUUUGAAGCAAUUGCUGGAACUGGAAGAGCUCUUGACAGUAGCGAAACCAGGCAAACAAGACAGAAGUAUCACUAGUGACAACCAUGUAGCUGAGCCCAAGUUAUCUACUCCUGUAUCUGAAUCAAGACCUUACGCCAAUGGAAAGUCAAAUGAAACUCUCAAGCAUCAAAAUAAUUACAAUACCUCUAGAUUAUUCGAAGAGCAUAUGGAUGUGUCAAAGUUCCACAACAAAUCUCCUGACAAUUUUAACACACACAAUAGAACAAGUGAGGACGAGAGGAAUAUGUCAUCAAUUUCUUUAUCUGAGUUUGCAUCUGACCCCAAUGGCAAAACAUACAAAAGCCUCAAUGAAUUAAGUGAUGGAUCUAAGCUAGGUACGGAGUCUGCAUAUGCUUCUGAGAACAGUAGCACUACUGGUGAUAAUUGUGACAUAGGAUUCAGUGAUCAAACCAGUGCAAAUGAGAUGAAUAGAACUCAUAUUAAUUUUGACAAACCAAGUGAUGAUUCUGAUGCAUGUACUGAUCUAAUUGAGAAAUCAGAACAAUGCAGUAAAUCCUCUGUCAUUUCCAGUAACUCGAGUGAUAUAACUGGAAGUCACAGUCAGUCAAAUAACAUAUCUGACAUACAUAGUGAAUUAAGUGAUGAAACCAAGAGGAGUAAGAAAUUCUGUGUUGCUAAGAUUUCAAAGACUAAGUCAAUCAGUGUAGAUUUUCGCCUAUCAAGGGGCAUUGCACAGGUUAAUGAAGGGAAUUAUGCUUAUGCGAUAUCUAUAUUUGACCAGAUACUGAAAGAGGAUCCUACAUAUCCUGAGGCGCUAAUAGGAAGAGGGACUGCAUAUGCAUUCCAACGAGAGCUUGAAGCUGCUAUUGCUGAUUUUACCAAGGCUAUUCAAUCAAAACCAUCAGCUGGUGAGGCUUGGAAAAGGAGAGGCCAGGCUCGGGCUGCCUUAGGAGAAUCUGUUGAGGCAAUUCAAGACCUAACCAAAGCAUUGGAGUUUGAUCCAAAUUCAGCUGAUAUAUUGCAUGAAAGGGGAAUAGUAAAUUUCAAGUUUAAGGAUUUCAAUGCUGCUGUUGAAGACCUAUCUUCAUGUGUGAAGCUUGAUAAGAAUAACAAGUCUGCAUACACAUAUUUGGGGUUGGCAUUAUCUUCAAUUGGUGAAUAUAAAAGGGCUGAGGAGGCACAUUUGAAGUCUAUCAAACUUGACCAAAGUUUUCUUGAAGCCUGGGCUCAUCUUACCCAGUUCUAUCAAGAUCUAGCAAACUCUGAAAAGGCUUUGGAAUGCCUUGAACAAGUUAUACAAAUUGAUGGAAGGUAUUUUAAAGCAUAUCACCUACGUGGGCUAUUACUCCAUGGGAUGGGAGAGCACAGGACGGCUAUUAAGGAUUUAUCAAUUGGGUUGAGCAUUGAAAACUCGAAUAUUGAGUGUUUGUACUUACGAGCUUCAUGCUAUCAUGCUAUUGGAGAAUAUGCUGAGGCGAUCAAGGACUAUGAUGCUGCACUAGAUGUUGAACUGGAUUCAAUGGAAAAGUUUGUGCUUCAAUGCUUGGCCUUCUAUCAGAAAGAGAUUGCUUUGUACACAGCUUCUAAAGUCAACAGUGAGUUUUGUUGGUUUGAUAUUGAUGGAGAUAUUGAUCCACUGUUCAAGGAGUAUUGGUGCAAAAGAUUGCACCCCAAGAAUGUAUGUGAAAAGGUUUACCGACAGCCUCCACUGCGUGAUUCUCUGAAAAAGGGAAGGCUUAGGAAGCAAGAUUUUGCUGUUACAAAGCACAAGACUGCUCUUCUACUGGCUGCUGACUCAAUUGGCAAGAAAAUCCAAUACGACUGUCCCGGUUUCUUGCCCAAUAGGCGUCAGCAUCGUAUGGCAGGAUUAGCUGCUAUCGAAAUUGCACAGAAGGUGUCAAAAGCAUGGCGUUCUUUGCAAGCAGAUUGGAAGCAUUCUAAUAGAAGCUCAAAAAAUGGUAAGAGAGUUCGAAGAAAGGAAAGAAUCAGUAUGGCUAGCCAGAACAGAGGUGGUGCUGGUUGUAGUACAAGCAAUUCCUCAGAAACGUCAGCUACCUAUGGCAUUACUGAAGAUAGAUCAUCUAGUCGUCUGAUGAUGUCAUGGCAAGAUGUUUUUUCAUUGGCUGUCAAAUGGAGACAAAUUUCUGAGCCUUGUGACCCAGUUGUGUGGGUUAACAAGUUGAGUGAAGAGUUCAAUUCUGGAUUUGGUUCUCACACACCUAUGGUCCUUGGACAAGCAAAAGUUGUUCGCUAUUUCCCAAAUCAUGAAAGAACAUUUGAUAUAGCAAAGACUAUUAUGAAAGAUAAACUUUUUGUGCACAACAAAGCAGAUGAAAUUAUUGAUCUAUCCAAAGAGGGGAAAUCAGAAAAGAUUGUGCAUGCCAAAUCUUGUGAUGAUCUUUAUGAACUUGUGGGUGAGGACUUCUGGUUGGCUACUUGGUGCAACAGUACAGCCUGUGAGGGGAAGCAGCUUGAAGGGACUAGAAUUACCUUAGUGAAAAUGGGGGAGCGUGGAUAUGAUUUCGCAAUCAGAACACCUUGCACACCUGCCAGAUGGGAGGAAUUUGAUGCUGAAAUGGCAAUGGCAUGGGAAGCCAUUUGCAAUGCUUACUGUGGCGAAACUUAUGGGUCCACUGAUUUCAAUGUCCUUGAAAAUGUGAGAGAAGCUAUUUUAAGGAUGACGUACUACUGGUACAAUUUCAUGCCACUCUCAAGGGGCACUGCAGUAGUUGGCUUCAUUGUUUUGCUUGGAUUGUUUCUUGCUGCUAAUAUGGAGUUCACAGGCAACAUCCCGAAAGGUGUGCAGGUUGAUUGGGAAGCGAUUCUAAACUUUGAUCCAAACUCCUUUGUGGAUUCUGUUAAGAAUUGGCUUUAUCCAUCAGUAAAGUUGACGACAUCUUGGAAAGAUUUUCCGGAUGUAGCCUCAACUUUAGCAACAACAGGAUCAGUUGUUGCUGCUUUGAGCCCAUAUGAUGAUUGAACUCUUAACUCGAAAAGAAUUAUUGCCAGCACGAAGUCGAAAAUUGGAGUGGUUUUUCUGCACAGCCAUAGAUCAAAUGGCAACCAUGGUUACUUCAAGACCAGAUAUUUUUUAUUCUACUUUGUACGCUGUCUUGUGCUGUUGUAAAAUGUGUUGUAUAUUGGUAUGUUGUACAGCAUUAUAGAAUAAUACAACUUGGAAGUUCUUUAGCUCGGUGCAGUGUUCUAGUUAUCUACAUCAAACAAUCUGGCUUUUUCAUACAUGCGAUUAUAUUUGGAUAGAUAUUAUUCCA